AUGGGUGUGCGCGACACGCUCAAGAAGAAUUUGGAUCCAGAGACGUUUGUGGACAGCGUGUCGAAGCUGGGCAGCGGUUUCGCAGCGAUGAUGAAUCCGAAUCACCGACACGACGAAGCGCACGAAAAGGAAAAGGACGAGAUCCUGCAAUCCAUUCGUGAUUCUCACAGGUUCAACUCGUUUGCCGGUGUGAGAUCUGGCAACCGCGCAAAGUGGUAUUCGGAUGGUCACGAUUACUUUUGGGCAUUGUCUGAACUGCUUGACAAUGCCAAAGAGACGAUCUUUAUCCUCGAUUGGUGGCUCACCCCGGAACUCUAUCUCAGGCGUCCUCCUCACCUGUACGAGGAGUGGAGACUGGACAGACUGCUGCAGCGCAAGGCGGAACAAGGAGUUCAGGUUCGAAUUAUUGGUGAGUGGCAUGGCGCAAGAAGUUUGGAGAGCGGUGCGUGACAGUGCGGGGCAUAGAUUUAGCUGAAUGUCUGCCCUUGCGUAACAGUCUACAAAGAAGUGACGGAGACGAUGACGAUGAGCUCUGCACACACCAAGCACGCGCUCGAGGACCUGCACCCAAACAUUCGCGUCUUCCGUCACCCCGACCACAUGCCGCAUGGGGAGAUCACUCUCUUCUACUCGCACCACGACAAGGUGGUCGUCGUCGACGCUGAGUACGCUUGUGUCGGUGGGCUUGACAUCUGCUUUGGACGAUGGGAUACGCAAUCGCAUCCCCUCUCCGACUGUCACCCCUUCGCCAUGCUGGAACGCACGCUAUUUGUUGGCCAGGAUUACAACAACGCUCGAGUCAUGGACUUUGCCAAAGUCGACGACUUUAUGAACAACCAGCAGAGCAGCCUGAGCUUGGGGCGCAUGCCAUGGCAUGACGUGCACGUCACCUUCACCGGUCCUUCGGUGCUCGACGUCGCUUACAACUUCAUCGAGAGGUGGAACUUCGUCAAGGAGCUCAAGUAUGGCAAGGGGUACAGCCUCAUCGCUUUCCCGCACGGCGCUGUUCCCGCAUCGGAUGUGCUUGAAGAGCAUCAAGAAAUCGCUCGUCAUCCUCACAUGGAGCGCUUUCACGAAUAUGGAGAGAGGUUCAUGCAUCCAUGGCAUCCCGAGCGCAGAAAGCUUCAACUUUCGGAUGGUGGCUCUGUGGGCGCUAAUGCUACCAUGGACGUGCAAGUUGUACGCAGCGCUGCGGACUGGUCGAGCGGCAUCUUGACCGAGCAUUCGAUCCAGAACGCUUUGGUCGAGCUGAUCCGGACCGCGUCGCACUCCAUCUACAUUGAGAACCAAUUCUUCAUCACAGCCACCCAGCCUGGACAGGUGGUCAACUGCGUCGGUGCAGCCAUUGCGAACCGAAUCAUCUCGGCAGCGAAGGAUGGCAGGCGCUUCAAGGUGGUCAUCGUCAUUCCCUGCAUCCCUUGCUUCGCAGGCGAGCUUCAGGAAGCGGCGGGAAACCGCACCAUCAUGCAGAAGCAAUACGAAUCCAUCAAUCGUGGAGGCAAGUCCAUCAUGGAGGUGAUCAAAGCUGCAGGCUACGAUCCGCACGAGUACAUCAGCUUUUGGAAUCUGCGCGGCAUCGACCGGAUCCCGAGCGGCAUUGUGCGCGAGACGGAACAGGCGAGCGGCAUCACUUAUCAUCAGGCGCAAGUCGCGCUCGCCAGGGUAUAUAUCGGUGAUGCGGCGUACCAGGACGGCAGAAAGAAAAUCGCCAUCAAGGUGCCGAGCAGCGAGCCUGAUGCGCCACUCGACAAGGAUGGCAAGAAGAAGCUUUCGACCGUCGAGGAAGUGGAGAUGCCUGCAACGAGCCAAGAAGCGUUGGAAAUUCUCCGGAAAUUUGCGAAUGGAACGCCCGAAAGAGCGAGGGGCUUGCAGGACUCCAUUGCAAGCGCCUUUUUGCACGGCCAACCUGACAUCACGGAGUCACAAUGGCAGGGAUCGGAAGAGGAGGAAGUCAAUGCUUGGGUUACUGAAGAGACUGUGAGUGCACAUUUGCGUGGCGAUUGUUGGCGAAAGGGUGUUGACAUUUGUCUUCUUCCGAUGCCCACUGAUGCAGUAUGUACACUCCAAACUGGCUAUCUUUGAUGACCGCACCGUUUUGAUUGGCUCAGCCAAUCUGAACGACCGCAGUCAGGCAGGUGAUCGAGACUCUGAAAGUGAGUCUGAUCUGCCAGCCGCAUGGCGCCCUUCGCUGACAUAACCAUCAUUCUUUGUUGCUUCCGAAAGCUGCAAUCGUCAUCGAGGACCAUGACAUGUUCGAGAGCAAGAUGGAUGGCAAGAAGGUAGGCACAGUAAGCUUCGCCUGCGCACCGCGGACAUACCUGAGCUGACUAGAAAACAUCGUGUCACAGUACAUGGCAAGCCGAUUCGCUGCUAGCUUCCGCAGACAUCUCUAUCGCCAGCAUCUUGGCUUGGUCGCACCACAAGAAUGCACGCCAGAGACUGCAAAAGACCAGCCCACUCCAGCGCAGCGUCCUGCUCCGCAUCCCUUCCCAGAUCCCGAGCGCAAGGCUCACGAGGAAGAGUGGGAGCAGCUCGUCGAAGAUCCCCUCUCUCCCGAGCUGGAGGAGAUCUGGCGCAGACAAGCGCGCACGAAUACCGCCAUCGUCGACGAGCUCUUCCAAGUCGUGCCUUCCAACCGAGUUCGCAAUUGGAAAGACUACGACAGCUUCUUUGUCGCCCGAGGAGCACGCACUGGUCACAUUGCCGAACCUGGCAAGCGAAGCGCUCAAGAAGUCAGACAGAGACUGGCAGGCUACAAGGGCUCGCUUGUUGAAUUUGCCUACGAUUUCAUGGAUGGAGAUAACUUUGAAAAGACAGACCUCACUACUAGCAAGGCUUUGCUCGACCUCUACACUUAG